UUGUCAUGGUUACGAUUCUGCGGCGAGGACGCGCAGUUUGAUGGUUGUCGGCUGAAAGUUGAAGAGAAAUAUGGCGUCGUGUGAAAGUGAGGAUUUGGAAAGGUUCUUGGCGAACGUGGAGCAGAUAAGUGAGCUGGUGAAGGAGAUGAACUCUGCUGAUGUGGCCACUCAGAAGAAAGCUGUGAAAAAAGCAGACUGCCUGGUUGUGUCAUUGGAGGAACAGAAAAUGAGUAAAAGUCACAUCAACAGGACUGUGAUUAAUACCAGUCCCUCAUGUGGGAGCAGACCAGUGAAUGCAACUUGUGUAGCCAGUGAGAGUCCAGAGAAUUUCAGGAAAGCUUUAGAAAAGGAUGCAGAGGAGAGAAGAAAGAGGAGACAAGUAAAAGAGAAGGAAGCAAACGCCCUAAAGGAGAAAGGAAACCAAGCGUUUGCCCUGGAAGACUAUAAACUGGCUGUCAAGAUGUACACAGAAGGUCUAGAGAAGCUUCGUGACAUGCCAGCACUUUACACAAACAGAGCCCAGGCCCUUAUCAAGCUGAAGAAGUAUAAGGAGGCUAUAAGUGACUGUGAGUGGGCCCUAAAGUGCAAUGAGAAGUGUAUUAAGGCAUAUGUCCACAUGGGAAGAGCACAUCUAGGAUUAGGACAUUUUGCUGAGUCCAGGCUCUGUUAUGAGAAGAUAUUGGAUACCGCACCAGAGCAUGAACCCGUUGUGAAAGAUUAUCUGACACAAGUGGAUUUGGAAGAGAAGAAGGUCCUUCAGGAAGAAACAGCACUCAGGGAGUUCAACGAUGGAAAAGAAGAGGCUGUGGCAAUUCCUGACUUGCUGACAAAGCUGGAAAGACCCAAUAUGCACAACCUUUAUUACUGUGGUGGACUGGAGAUUCUCACACAAGCUGUUAGAGACAGUAUUGGUCAGACGUUAUUCCGAUUAAACAAUGGCUUCAGAGUUAUCGCUGACAACAACAAUAUAAAGACCUGUCUUGCACAGACUUCUAAAGAGCCUCACAGAGAGGAGUUAUGUGUUUCUGUCCUCAGAUUAUGGAAAAUGGUUUGCAGUGGAAAUGAGGAAAACCAGCAGCUGUUACUGCAAUGUCUCAGCACAAGAAAACAGAUUGUCCAGUUGUUAACCUCCACUUCAUUAACAGUCCAGCAGGAAUGUUUAACGCUAGUCUGCAUGUACUGUCAGACCCAGCAUGGAAGACACUUGGUAAUUGAAAACCUCAAUCUGCUCAGAAUGGUAGAGAUCUUGAUUGACUGCAUAUGCAAAGAGGACAAAUCAGGAUCCACUGCCCUUGCUAUUCUGGAGAACUUGGCUGGAGAAAAUAAGUUUCGCAUCCAGUCUAGAGAGAUCUUUACAACGGUUUUCGCUCCUGCUUUUGAGCAUUUGCUGGCAAAUAUUACAGGAUCCAGCCACAUCCUGCUUCCUCGUUUUAUUUCUAUGAUUGGGGCCAUGUCUGCUGAUGAAGUCGUUAUUAACAAGCUGGUAUGCCGUGAAGAAUUUUGGAAGAGCUCCUUCUCAGCCAUGGGCCGAUGUGCCAGCUGUGAAUACAGAAAUAUUCUCUAUCCCCUACUGGGCUUGAUGAUCAACAUGGCUUCUAAUCAAACUCCAGCUAUUCAAGAGGAUGCCAUUGUGGGCUGUACAAGAUGUGUGGCUCUGCUUAGUGAUCCUGAUGGAGGAAUCAUCACGAGAGCAGUAGGAUUGCUAAGCGUAGUUCUCCCAAAAUCAGAGGAUGCCAUUCAGGAGGUCGUGCAGCAAGGAGUAGUAAAGAAACUGCUGAAGAUUCUCAAGGGUGAAGGGCAAACAAGCUCAAGAUACUCAAUUAAAGCUAUGGCAGUGUGCACAGCCUCUAGCCAGCAGGCCCGUGAAGAGCUGGUGAAGCUUGACAAGAGACUUGUGACCAUGAGGAAGCUCCUGGGCAGGAGUGAUGAGUUGGUGGUAGGGAAUACAGCACUGUGUCUGGGACACUGUUUGACGGUACAGGGAGCCGCAGCCAGUCUCUUGGGCACAGAUUGCGUGAUGCUUCUACUGCGCCAAGUGGCUGGCAAAUCUAAAAGAGCUGACGUGCAGCAGAACGCCGCCAUCACUUUGGGGAAACUGUGCAGAGCUGAGCCCAGGCACCUGCUAAAGCUCAGGGAGUUGAAUGGUUUGGAGAUCCUUCACUCUUCUAUGCAGACAUUCACAUGGACGUAGAAUUAGUACCGUGAACACAACAAUACUCCUGAUUUAACACCAUAAAAAGACAAUCUAGGUUUUAUUUUCCAUCCCAAAUCACUUUAAAUGUCUGUUCAGGCAUAACUUUAUGACCACUGACAGGUGAGUGAAUAACAUUGAUUAUCUCUUCAUCAUGGCACCUGUUAGUUGAUGUGUAAGAAGCAGGAAAAAUAGGCAAGCAUAAGGAUUAGAGCCAAGGGCCAAAUUGUGAUGGCUAGAUGACUGGGUCAGAGCAUCUCCAAAACUGCAGCUCUUGUGUCGUGUUUUCGGUCUCCAGUAGUCAAUAUCUAUCAGAAGUGGUCCAAGGAAGGAACAGUGGUGAACAAACACAAUAUUAGGCAGGUGGUUAUAAUGUUAUGACUGAUCAGUGGCUACAAUGUUAUGCCUGGUCGGUGACCAUAAUGCUAUGCUUGAUCAGUGUAUGUCUGAAUAACCUCAUUCCCAAAAAUGGCUCAAAUAUCAUAAAGGUUAUUUAUUUAAUAUCUAUAAAAAAUCAGGUGAAUAACUUUAAUCAACCAUUAAACUAUAAAAUAUAAACAAUACUAUCACCCAGCUGUUGGGUGAUAACGCAAAGACAUCACAAAAUCCUUAUGUUUAAUUUGCAUUUAAAGCAAAAUCCAAUUUACAUUACAGGCAGGAGGAAAAGUAUAAAAUGUCUGACCAGGAAUUGUCCUGUGUUCUUCUCAACACCGAUAAUCCCAAAGUGCUUAAUGUAUUUUGUCACAUCCAUGCUGUAAUAAACUUCUUUAUUAAGA